UCAUCUUCAUUCAUUACUGAAUUUAACACCACUCUUCUCUCCUGCCACCGCACAACCACCAUGCUUUCUUCAAUGAUCACCUCCGUCGUAUCUCCACCACCUCUAACGUGCCUUGUCGUAACCUUCCUUUUCUUGUUCAUACUAACUGUAUAUAGUCUGAUACGGAGGAGCCACCACCGUACACAACCGGACAGACUCCGGCUACCGCCAGGUUCAGUGGGUUGGCCUUACAUAGGUGAAACUCUCAAGCUCUACACCGAAAACCCAAAUUCCUUCUUCUCCAACCGCGAAAAAAGGUACGGGAAAAUAUUCAAGACGCACAUAUUAGGAUGCCCAUGUGUGAUGAUAUCGAGUCCUGAAAUUGCGAAAAUCGUGUUGGUGACUCAGUCUCAUAUGUUCAAACCUACAUAUCCUCCAAGCAAAGAGAAGAUGAUAGGCCCAGAAGCCAUCUUCUUUCACCAAGGUCCAUACCAUUCCCAUCUGAAGAAGUUGAUUCAAUCGUCAUUUCUUCCAUCCACCAUCAAACGAUCCGUUUCCCAGAUCGAAGAUAUUGUGCUCCGACUUCUUCCCACUUGGGAACAUGAUAACACCAUCAACACCCUGCAAGAGAUGAAAAGGUAUGCAUUUGAAGUGGCAAUGAUAUCAGUAUUUGGGAACAAGUUAGAGAGUGCAGAAAUGGAAGGAAUAAAGGGUUUGUAUCAAUGUCUAGAGAAAGGAUACAACUCCAUGCCUUUGGAUCUUCCUGGAACUCCAUUCAACAAAGCAAUGAAGGCAAGAAAGGGUCUGAGUGAGAAAUUGAGAAGGAUGAUAGAGAAGAGAAAGGAGAGUGGGGAGAAUGGUGAAGGAUUGUUGGGUGCAUUUCUAUCUUCAAAUGAAGAAGAAGGAGUGAAGAUGAAAAUGAAUGAAUCACAGAUUGCAGAUAACAUAAUUGGGGUUAUAUUUGCAGCUCAUGAUACGACUGCAAGUGUUCUUACAUGGCUUCUUAAAUAUUUGCAUGAUCAUCCUCAUCUCUUGGAUGCUGUCAGGAGGGAACAAGAAGAAAUACGAUGCAAAAGAGUUGAAGCCAAUCGUGGAAUUACAUGGGACGAUACAAGACGCAUGCCAUUCACCACGCGGGUGAUACAAGAGACUCUGAGGGCAGCGAGUAUACUAUCGUUUACAUAUAGAGAAGCAGUGGAAGACGUAGAAAUGGAAGGUUAUUUGAUACCAAAAGGUUGGAAGGUUCUUCCACUCUUUAGAACCAUCCACUACUCCUCUGACUUCUUCCCACACCCCAACAAAUUCGACCCUUCAAGAUUCCAGGUUUCUCCUCGGCCAAACACGUAUAUGCCCUUCGGGAAUGGUGCCCACUCGUGUCCCGGAAGCGAUCUGGCUAAGCUCGAGAUGCUCGUCCUACUCCAUCACCUCACCACCACCCUCAGAUGGGAGGUGAUUGGAGAGGAUGACGGAAUACAAUACGGCCCAUUCCCAGUACCCCAACAUGGAUUGCCGAUCAGAGUCCGUCCCCUUAAUUAAUUAAGAAGAUCCGUUAUCUAACAUAGUCGAUCGAUCGAGGCCAGGGGAUCAAAAGUUGUACCCUGCCCUAUUACAUUACACCAUGUUCAUUUAUAUA